AUGGCGACAAGGAAUUUACCGCUCGCGACACCCAUCGACCGGCUCGCAGCCUUCUUCGACCCAUCUCAGCCUCGCGAAAGGUACAACGACGCCGAAAUUGACGAGAUAGCCGGCCUACUUGGACUCUGCGGCCAUAUCGCUAGCAAAUGUCCACGAACGUACAUUGUCCUUCGCAGGAUAGACGAGCUCGAUGUUCUUAGUCGAAUGCUGAACGAGGGAUUUAGCGACCAAUGGCUUCCUAUCGAGCCGCGAGGACUGCCUAACUUUCUAAGCCCAAGCGUCAAGGCGAGGAUCGUGCAGACUCAAAGCAUAGUCUUGACGAAGUGCUUGGACUUGGAGAAAGGGAGACACAGACAUUUCACGCCCGGAGAGGUUUUGCCCUUCGAAACCGUGGGCUGCUUAGGCAGUGGUGGAUACAGCCAAGUCGAUCACAUCAUCAGCAAGAUCAGCUUCCGGCAUUAUGCGCUCAAGCGAGUACGACGAAGGGUGGCGUUUGGGAUCAAUUCAAAAGAGGCUAUGAAGAGAUUCUUGAGCGAGGUCCAAAUCGUAAAAGACCUGAAACAGGCAUAUCGUUGA